AUGGAAACUGAAGAUAGUUGCUCCCAUGUUGUUGAUGAACAAUUCUCUCAGUUAGAUAACUUAGUUGUGCCAAUUGUUGAUGAGCACUUAAAACCAAAAAUAGGAAUGACUUUCGGCAGUUUAGAAGACGCUGAAAAAUUCUACAGAAAUUACGGAAAGGCCGGAGGUUUUGAUAUCCAUAAUAGCACAACAAAUUAUGGGAAGGAUAGAGAGUUAAUUUGCAAAAGUUAUGUUUGUUCGAAAGAAGGAGUGUUAAAGAGCAAAUCGUUGGAUUUUCGACGAUGUGGUACAAUUAGAACAAAUUGUAAGGCCUUGAUUCGCUUGAAAUUAGACAAAAAAAUGGGCAUAUGGAGUGUCUACAAGUUCGUGGAAGAACAUAAUCAUACAUUUAUUUCACCGAGUAGAACACAUUUUCUAAGGGGAAACCGUGAGGUAACAAGUGCGAAGAAGACAUUGAUAAAGCAGUUUGGAGAGGUGAACAUUCCAACAAACAAGCAAAUGACCUUCUUUGAAAACUCUAGCGGAGGUUUUCAUAGAAUUGGAUGCAUUGAGACCGAUGUGAGAAAUUAUGAAAGAGAUUUGAGAGAGGAGAGGCGCGGUCAUGAUGCACAAAUGAUGUUGGAUCAUUUCAAGUCGGAACAAGAGAAGAAUCCUUCAUUUUAUUAUGUUUAUGAAGUUGAUGAAGAGAAGCGCUUAACUCAUUGUUUUUGGGUGGAUGGCAUUGCUCGAAUGAAUUAUCAACACUUUGGCGAUGUUGUCUCCUUCGAUGCCACGCAUAACACAAAUCAAUAUGGCUUGGUAUUUGUGCCGUUUGUAGGCAUAAAUCACCAUUGGCAAAGUGUUUUUUUAGGAUGUGGCUUGAUCCCAAACGAAGAGGCGAAGUCUUUUGUAUGGUUGUUUAACAAAUGGAAUGAAGCAAUGGGUCAUCCUCCUUCAGGCAUGAUUACAGAUCAAUGUCUUGGCAUAUGCAAGGCAAUUGAAACAGUUUUUCCAGAAAUUCGGCAUAGGUUUUGCAUUUGGCAUAUCUUGGACAAAGUUCCGGAGAAGUUGGGUAAAUUGGCUUAUAGAACAGAAUUUAUGAAAUCUUUCAAAGAAAAUAUUUGGGACUCCGACGAUGCUAGCUCUUUUGAAGAGAAAUGGGUUUCAAUUAUUAAGAAAAAUGGAUUGGAAAAGCAUGAUUGGCUAAAUGAUAUCUAUGAAAUUCGUGAAAAAUGGGCUCCGGUUUAUCAUAAACAACACUUUUGGGCCGGAAUGUCUAGCAGUCAAAGAAGUGAAGGGAUGAAUGCAUUGCUAAAAAUGCAUGUGUCAAGGAAAAAUUCACUUCAUGAUUUUGUGAUCAUAUUUCAGAGGGUCUUGGCGAGACAAAGAGAGGGGGAGCUUAAAGAAGAUCAUUGCACAGUAGAGAAAAAGCCAAAAUUAAAGACUUUAUGGUCAAUGGAAAAACAAAUGGCCCAAAUCUACACGAAAAAAAUCUUUUAUAUUUUUCAAGACGAGCUUCAACCUAGCUUAAUGUAUAGAUUUGAUGCAAGGUCUACUCAUUGUCCCCUGCAGCAAUCUACUCAACAAGUUCUGAGCAUGUAUAAUGACCUCUACAGAAUUCAGAUGAGAAAAUGCAACCAAUUAGUAUCAUGCUAA